AGCCCAAUCCAUGCCAACACCCGCCAUCAGUAAGUAUGGUAGACCUAUCCUCACAUUUUCCGGUUAAAAGAAAGCGGCAUGAAUACAUAAUAAUUGAAACAAUACUGAUGAUCGCUGCAACCUUUCUUUCUUCUGUAGGGAACUCUUAUGAACCUGUGGGCUGUUUCCAUGAUAAAGGAGUGGCGCCGCGCCCCUUACCCGAAUUUCUUGGGAGCUUCCGCAAAGAAAUAAAUUGGAAACACGUGGAGCUUACAGUCGACAAGUGCGCAAAACUGGCGCAGAAAAAAGGGUAAUGUGUUUCAUAUGAAAAGCUACAUUAACGAAUAGGAAUAAAAUAAAUCAAUGUUCAUAUAAAAGUCUUGAUUUGGAUCUUCCCGCGGGGAUGAUCUAAAAUCUAAUUUGAAAUCGCACAGUAUUUCUUCUUGCACUGGUUGUGAACUACAUUCUCCCAAAAGUUUUGGCCUUUUAGAUGGGAUGUCAGAAAUACUUACAAGUCAACUACCAACCUAUAUGUACGGACAUUGACGAAUCAGCUGAAAGGCUAUUCCCGUUAUUUUGUCAGCAUUUCUUAGCAAUGGCGGUUUAACCUGAAGUGAAUAAGGGAACAUAAGUGUGGUGUCGAGGCAUGGACCUAGGCCUCUUCAUCUGGUGUCCAAAACAAUAACCACUUAUCUAGCAGGUCCCACAUGAGAGAUAAGGAAUACAAAAAUAAGCAGGAAAGUUUUGUUUUUUGUUUUUUUUGCUUUUCAGGUACGCAUAUUUUUCUGUCCAGUAUUAUGCGGAGUGCUGGUCAGGUCCUGAGGCUGGAGAUACUUACGCUAGAGAGGGAAAAGCUACCAACUGCCUUAAUGACGCUGUGGGAACAUCGUUCACUAAUUAUGUUUACCGCUUUGUAAACUAAGGCUCUCCGAGCAGCUUUAAGUUUUAGUAAAGUAAGUAAGGAC